GCCGCGGGAGGGCAGAACAAGUGUGGUUGCAUUGACACCGGUACAUAGGCGCGGGCCGGCGUGUCCUUGGGCUAGAGAGCGGGACGUCUGCCCAAGAGUCUCUUCUUUUGUGGUGUUGACCAGCCCGGACCGAAUUUAAAAUGGGUGAUGUUGAAAAAGGCAAGAAGAUUUUUGUUCAAAAGUGUGCCCAGUGCCACACUGUGGAAAAAGGAGGCAAGCAUAAGACUGGACCAAACCUCCAUGGUCUGUUUGGGCGGAAGACAGGCCAGGCUGCUGGAUUCUCUUACACAGAUGCCAACAAGAACAAAGGUAUCACCUGGGGAGAGGAUACCCUGAUGGAGUAUUUGGAAAAUCCCAAAAAGUACAUCCCUGGAACAAAAAUGAUCUUCGCUGGAAUUAAGAAGAAGGGAGAAAGGGCGGACCUAAUAGCUUAUCUUAAAAAGGCUACUAAUGAAUAAUUCCACUGCCUUAUUUAUUACAAAACAAAUGUCUCAUGGCUUUUAAUGUAUACCAUAAUUUAAUUCAUAUACCAAAUUCAGAUCAUGAAUGGCUAACAAUGUUUUUGUUGGACAGCCCCGAUUUAAGUAAAAUUGACUUGUCAUAAAGUGGAUAUGAUCUUUUUUAAGUAACACUUCCAAUUGAAUACAUGUUAUCACUGCUUUCCCUUUCUCAAGAUAAGAUUGGACUUAAUUAGUAAUGUUUUCCUUUCCAUAAAUAUGAGGGUGUCGCCUCAAACCUA